CGCCCUCCUCCGAACCCGGAAGCGGGAGGCUGGCGCCCGCUGAGCGGACGGUUCGGGAGGAGGGAGCCGGCGGCCCAGUCUCGCCCGGCCGCGCGCCCCGCCCCUCAGAGGCCCGCCCCCAGCGCGCCCCCUCCGCCCGCUGCGCCGGCGGGUCCCGAGCGCUCCGGCCGCCGCCCCCGCCCGGGCCCAGCCGCCUCCACGGCCCGCGCCCGUAGUGGAGCGAAGAACCGCCUUGGGGAGGAGGGAAGGGGACGUGGGGGCGGCCACGGCAGGGUUAACCUCCAUUUCAGCUAAUCAUGGGAGAGAUUAAAGUCUCUCCUGAUUAUAACUGGUUUAGAAGCACAGUCCCCCUGAAAAAGAUUAUUGUAGAUGAUGAUGACAGUAAGAUAUGGUCACUCUAUGAUGCAGGCCCCAGAAGUAUCAGGUGUCCUCUCAUAUUUCUCCCACCCGUCAGUGGAACUGCAGAUGUAUUUUUCCGGCAGAUUUUGGCUUUGACUGGAUGGGGUUACCGGGUCAUAGCUUUGCAGUAUCCAGUUUACUGGGACCAUCUUGAAUUCUGUGAUGGAUUCAGAAAACUUUUAGAUCAUUUACAGUUGGAUAAAGUUCAUCUUUUUGGGGCUUCUUUGGGAGGCUUUUUGGCCCAGAAAUUUGCUGAAUACACUCACAAAUCUCCCAGAGUUCAUUCCCUCAUCCUCUGCAAUUCCUUCAGUGACACCUCUAUCUUCAACCAAACUUGGACUGCAAACAGCUUUUGGCUGAUGCCAGCAUUUAUGCUCAAAAAAAUAGUUCUCGGAAACUUUUCUUCUGGCCCAGUGGACCCUGUGAUGGCUGACGCCAUUGAUUUCAUGGUGGACAGGUUGGAAAGUUUGGGUCAGAGUGAACUUGCUUCCAGACUUACCCUGAAUUGUCAAAAUUCUUACGUGGAACCUCAUAAAAUUCGGGACAUCCCUGUAACCAUUAUGGAUGUGUUUGACCAGAGUGCACUUUCAACUGAAGCUAAAGAAGAAAUGUACAAGCUGUAUCCCAAUGCCCGAAGAGCUCACCUUAAAACUGGAGGCAAUUUCCCAUACCUGUGCAGAAGCGCAGAAGUGAAUCUUUAUGUCCAGAUACAUUUGCUGCAAUUCCAUGGAACCAAAUACGCGGCUAUUGACCCAUCAAUGGUCAGUGCUGAGGAGCUUGAGGUGCAGACAAGUAACCUCAGUGUCAGCCAGGAGGAGCAGUAGUGGCUUUCGCUGUCCAUGAUGAGUUGAUCCCAGCGCGUUCUCGUACAAUCGGCAAUGUCAGUGCCUGCCAGCGGCCUCUGCCUUCAGCUUUGUCAGGCUCACCGGUUCUCACUGUGUUUUGGAAGCAGGACUGAUGGUCAUCUUCGUGACAGGCGACAGCCCCUGUAAGCCAGCAUAACUUUUCUCUCUUCUGUUUUUAUUAGCUUUUGGAUUUGAAGAAGUACUUUUGAAGACUCCCAUUUUAAGAACUGUGCAAAUUUUGCUACCAAAAGUCUUCACCACUGUGUUCUUAAGUGAACAUUAAUUUCUGAGGUUUGGGAUUUUGUGGUGUUUUUUUCUUUUUUCUUUCCUUUUCCUUUCUUCCUUCUUUCUUUUUAUGUUAUUUGCUGUAAAUGCUGCAUAUCCAGAUUGUGUAUCAGAAGGACAUUGGUUAUUUUUUAUGCUUUCUUGGGUAUAACCAUUAUCAGAGUGCCAUGGCUAGCACCCCACCAUUCGCUCUCCCCCAAAUCAGCUACUUUUAAUUUCCAAUUAAGCAAAUUGUUUUGAGUGUUAGUAGUUGUCUAGUUUCUAGAUAUUACAGUAAUUUGGAAUAAAAAUUCAAUUUCAGAAA